GUUCACGAGGAGUACAGGGACCUCCUGGUCCUGAUGGCUUACAAGGCCCACCUGGUCCUCCUGGAACAGCUUCUGUUGCUCAUGGAUUCCUUAUAACUCGGCACAGCCAGACCAGGGAUACACCACUAUGUCCACAAGGAACAUCAAGAAUAUAUGAUGGAUUCUCUCUUCUGUAUGUGCAAGGAAAUGAGCGAGCACAUGGUCAGGAUUUGGGUACUGCUGGGAGCUGUCUUAGACGUUUCAGCACCAUGCCCUUCAUGUUCUGCAACAUCAACAAUGUCUGUAAUUUUGCAUCAAGGAAUGACUAUUCCUACUGGCUAUCAACUCCAGAGCCAAUGCCAAUGAACAUGGAGCCACUGACUGGGCAGGGCAUACAGCCAUUCAUUAGCCGAUGUGUUGUGUGUGAAGCUCCUGCUAUGGUGAUAGCUGUCCACAGUCAGACCAUUCAGAUUCCUUUGUGUCCUCCAGGCUGGGACUCCCUUUGGAUCGGUUACUCUUUCAUGAUGCACACUAGUGCUGGAGCAGAAGGUUCUGGACAGGCCUUGGCAUCGCCUGGCUCCUGUUUAGAAGAAUUCCGCUCAGCUCCAUUUAUUGAGUGCCAUGGUCGUGGCACUUGUAAUUACUAUGCCAAUUCAUAUAGCUUCUGGCUGGCAACUGUAGAAGUGUCAGAAAUGUUCAGUAAACCUCAGUCAGAGACACUGAAAGCUGGAGACUUGAGGACGCGUAUUAGUCGUUGUCAGGUUUGCAUGAAGAAGACGUAACAGCUUGGAGAAUGUUUUAUAAAACAGUUGAAAAUUCCUAAGAUGCACUGUCUUCUAGCUGCAACAAUGGUGCUACUGUGCAGAAAGAAAGGAAAAAACAAAUUAAAACUGUUUUACCAUGCAAAUUCACCUCACUCAUGUGCCAAACUAAGGGUUGUUCAGUACAUAUUUGACAACAGGACUAAGAUGAAAGAAUUGACCUCUUGGAAACAGAAGGAAACACUUGAGGUUCACAAACGAUUUGAAGAAGAAAUUUUUCAUUUCUCUCCCUGUACCAAAAUGGCACCUUUUUGAUCAACCAAGAGAAUAAAGAAAAACACGACGCACUGAGUAUAUUUAAAAUAGCAAGACUGCAGGUUUGAAAAACAUUUUUCAUGGUGCUACUAACCCUACUGUAUCCCAGGUUUUUAAUAUGAAAUUUUAAGCUUAUUUCUCUUUGUAAGUACUGAAAUGUGUAUAUUGUGUAAACACCUUUUUAGUUGAAACUUUCAUCCAUUUAGAAGUAAACCAGACUCUGAUACAAAACUUCUUAUAUCUAAAAAUAAACACAUGGCAGUAUUUUAUUAUGAAACUUAAUGGUACAGAGAGAACUCUCUUAUGUCAACUUAUUCAUUUAAUAUUUCAUUUCUUUCCUCAGUUGCCAACCUGAUAUAUUUGGGAAUGUACAAUUAUGCUGAAGUCAUUUUGAUCAGGAUUUUAAAUGUUGUACACUACGCUAUCAGUGGUUUUAUUUGUGCUUAGAAAUCCCAAUCUAC